UGUUACAGCCAGCAUUAGAAGACGAAGCUGACCUGAAGUAUGACAUAUUUACGGAACAGAGUCUACAGAAAUCUUAUCUGUCUCAGACAGCCAGACCGUUCAGGAGCCGCCAAGUGAGCAGGAAGUUACUAGGAUUUCUGUAUGAAGUUGACUUUUCACAGCGUUACCCUCCUACAAUGAAGUUGGAGUUUUUAGAAUCGUCGAUGAUUGAACAAGCCAUUAAAAGUGUAGAAACUCCGACCGAACAGGACAUUUUGUAUUGUGAUGUCAAACGACUUCACUGCCUACUGAUGAACGAACUUAACAACUACCAUGGCAAUAUCAUGGUUACUCAGAGACCUCGAGUUUUAGAGGAAGUUGAGAAUAUUCUGCAUCAUGUGGUGCUACGUAACAGAAUCCGACAGGAACUGUCCACCAAACAGCAGGCUCUGGAGGUGGGGCGUCAGGUGACGGAGGUUCUGCUGACCACGUGUCCUGAGGACCUACUGACUGCUGAGGACAGACAGACCGUACUGUUUGAGCUGCUACAGGAACUACAGAGAAGGUGACAGAAGAUGAUGCCUUGACAGAGUUAACUGCCCCUGUGGCUGGGAUCAUCCUGACUCUGAUGACAAAUCUACGUCAGUGUUUCUGUCAGGAUUCUGUCACCGACGACGAAACCUCACACUUCCUCACCAUGCUGGACUCCACAGCAGGUCAAGGUCAAACAGGGUCAUGGGGUCAAGUGUCAGGGUCACGAACCCAAUUUGCUUCCUCCCUUCAACUGGAGCUUAGAGGAGUGAUAGAUCACAUUAUGCUC